GUUUGAGAGCUGUUUGCUUAGACACGGACCUAAGCCAAGUGAAAACAGUUAUUAUUUUAGUUACAUUAGUACUUUCUAUAUUAUGAAAUAUUUAAUUAUCUAAGUUUGGUGAAACGACUGUAUGUUUGAAAACCCUACUCAAAAUACUCAUUUCUCAGACAAAAGCGUGGGAAAUAAAUUACGUAAAUUAGUACUCGCGCUACAUAUCUGUCGAUAUCAGUAUGUAUCAUCCAGUGGAGAUGUGUAUUCCUGUGUGCCAGGAAAUGGGAAGAAACCAUCGAUAAUUCCAUACGCUAAUGGAGUAGACAACUUCAUGGAUGUACGCAUGCGUCAGAAUCUAUGUCAGGGACACAACAUGACACGACAACCAAGGUCAGUCUUGUUUAGCGUCUGACACAAGGUGUAUGUAGCCAGUGUAAAUUGUGAACAAAACAUGAAUUUUACUCCACCAUACGCGAGAUCACCAGCAUGCAGUAUCGAGCCUCUAGACGAUUACGAUGCACCCAGAGCACCGCUUCUUCGGCAGGUGUCACUUGAUGAGGAGAGACAAGAUGACUGCCAGGGACACUGGCGAGGGCCUUAUGUCGAGGGAGAGGAGGAAGAAAGAGGAGUAAGGCUGUUCAGAGCUAUGCUUCUGCAGCAUUUAAGACUGGAGGAACUUAGGCCACCGCCCUGUUUGUUGGUGCCGGCUAAUCCUGACCAAAGAGGCUGGUGGAUGUAUUGGAGAGAUUGGCGAGCUCUCGAAAAAGCGGCGAGGAGGUUCAGAGAAACUAAAGCACGUGCCAGACUUGCAGCUAGAGCAGAACAUAUACCUUUAUUAAGUCUUGACGAAGUUGCCUUUGAAGAUAUUAUGCAAGAGAUAUGUCAAGCAUGCGUUCACGCUGAGCAGAGGGCGCUUCUAGUUCUUGCAUUUCUAUGCGAGGUCUGUGCGCGGGCGGUAAAGGUCGGGGGCUGGUGUAGAGCUGCAGAUUGGGCUGCUAGACAUGUAGCUCAAUGUGCGACACCUUGGGCUAUUAGACACGGAGGAUGGAGUAACGUGGUAGAACGAGCGAGUGGAACAAGGCGAGAUGACACCAUAUUGGCUGGGGCAGCAAUUGCAGCAUUGCUGGCUUUUCUUUUAUUUUGUAAAACACGUCUUCGUUUAACACUUUUAUAAUUCAUUCGUUGGAAUGAAGUUGGAAUUGCUAAAUCAAGUGUUCUAAAUGUCAAAGGAGAUAAAAUGACCUCUUACAUAAUAACUGAAGGUCAUGCGUGGAGGUGUCAAAUACAACCAGGUACUUCAAUUUUCCCUUAUUAAUUACUUGUUAAAAUUGCUUGAUCAUGAAUAUUCUCAAACAUUAUCCAUGAUUUCAGUCCUAUGUAUUCUAAAUUGAGGUCAGUCAGCAAUUUAACUGAGACAGUUGUAAAGCACUCAAAAUAACGAGUGAUGUAAAUGUGAUUCGCGCUUUUACGCGUAAAAUAAAUUUUAAUUAAAUGUGUAGUUUUUGUGUAAAUAAAAAAUUGACUUGUAUAAAAUUGGCACUCAAAUCGUAAUGAAAAAUGUUGGUAUCUUCUCAAUGUUCAAUAUGUUCCUAAUGAUAUUUAGGUUUAUAUUCAAUUCGGUAUAUAAAGGUUCCACAAAUGAAAAAAUAGCACAGGAAUUAUGUCUUGUGCCUAUGUUAUGUGUAAAAAACACCAAAUUAAUGGAAUGUAUUCAAAAUUAUGUUACAUAUAAAUUAUAUAUUAUAAAAUUCUAUUCAUAUUUAAAAUUUUAUAUG